AUGGUUUUUACAUUUGUUGUUGCCGGAUGGGAAGGAAUUGCACAUGAUUCUAGAAUUUUGUCUGAAGCUUUAACAGAUGGUGAUAUUGGAUUUCCAUUUCCUCCUUUAGAUAAAUAUUACCUAUGUGAUGYUGCGUAUACAAAUACUCGCGGAUUUAUGGCGCCAUAUCGUAAUGUUAGAUAUUGGCUCGGAGAUUUUCGUCGUCGACGAGCAAUGAACAAGUAUGAAAAGUUUAAUCAUUCUCAUGCAAAACUUAGAAAUGUUAUUGAACGUUCUUAUGGCGUCCUGAAAGCACGUUUUCCAAUAUUGAAAAGAAUGGCACCAUUUACACUUGAGGUUCAAAGAGACGUUGUUAUUGCAUGUUUUGCGGUUCACAACUUCAUACGGAAGGAAGAUUUAAGUGAUGAGCUAUUUUCUGAGUAUGAAGGGAACGAUGAUGAGGAUGAGGCUGAAGAGAUUCAAUCGCAUGGAA